AAAACAUAUGCCUUGUCUGUCAAAUUUGAUAUGGAGGUGACGGUUAAACAGGAUUUAAACGCCGGAUUUUAUAUUAAUUUAGGCUCUGAAAUGAAGCCGGACCUUAAUAUUGACCAAAAAUUGCAUUUGAUAACUCGCAAUUUGCAGGAAGUCUUGGGGGAAGAUAAAAUUAAAGAAAUUUUAUCGAAGAGAGAUUUGAAGAUCUACUGGGGAACAGCAACAACAGGAAAGCCACAUGUCGCUUAUUUUGUCCCACUUGUCAAAAUCGCUGAUUUUUUAAAAGCGGAUUGCGAAGUGACCAUACUAUUCGCCGAUUUACACGCAUAUCUCGACAACCUUAAGGCUCCUUGGGAAUUGCUCGCUCACAGGGCCACCUACUACGCGUUUCUUAUCAAAGAAAUGCUUAAAUCGAUUAAUGUACCGGUCGAAAAAUUGAAAUUUAUUAAAGGAACCGAUUAUCAACUGUCCAAAGAGUACACGUUAGACGUUUACAAAAUGCUAUCUCUCGUUUCCGAACACGACGCUAAAAAGGCAGGAUCAGAGGUUGUUAAACAAGUUGAGCAUCCUUUGCUUAGCGGAUUAGUUUAUCCCUUGUUGCAGGCUUUAGAUGAACAUUACCUAGGAGUGGACGCUCAAUUUGGCGGGGUUGACCAAAGAAAAAUUUUCACCUUUGCCGAAAAGUAUCUACCUUCCUUGGGUUACGCCAAAAAUAGCCAUUUGAUGAAUCCGAUGGUUCCCGGUCUCACUGGCACCAAAAUGAGUUCCUCGGAAGAAGAAAGCAAGAUUGACAUCUUAGACACGCCUCAAGCUAUAAAAUCGAAAAUCAAGAAAGCCUUUUGCGAACCGGGCAAUAUAGAAAAUAAUGGAAUACUUUCGUUUCUCGAUUUUGUCAUUUUUCCGCUAUCCUCCGACGGAACUUUUACCGUUCAACGGUCCGCUAAAAAUGGCGGUGAUAUAACUUACAGCGACUUUCAAAGCGUGCGAAACGAUUUUGAAAACCAACUUCUUCAUCCCGCCGACCUUAAAGCGGCCUUCCAAAACAGGCUUAUUGAUAUGUUAAAACCCAUCAGAAAAGCCUUUGAAUCACCAGAACUCAAGAAAUUAAUGCAAUUAGCCUACGGGAAUGCGACGGAUGUCGAUGAGUUGAAAUUUCAAAUUUCUAAUGGUUUUACCAUAAUCGACCAAAGCAAACCAGAUUCCGAAAAUAAUGACAUCAUACCAUCUAAAUUGGAUUUAAGAGUUGGUCAAAUUGUUUCCGUUGAAAAUCACCCUGAAUCCGAAAAUCAUCUGUACGUGACCAAAGUCGAUCUAGGUGAGCCAGAAACCCGCACUAUAAUCAGUGGACUAGCAGAAUCAUUUAGCAAAGAGGAAUUGAUACAUAAGAAAGUUAUCGUUUUAUGCAACCUCAAACCGGCGAAACUUAAAGGCAUCCAGUCCUUCGGAAUGAUCCUUUGUGCCACUGAUCAGGACAAGAAGAAGGAACUUUUGGAAGCGCCCACUUUUUGCGAGGCAGGUCAUAAAAUAGUAUUUGAAGACUACGAACUCAAUCAACCCGAUGCCGAAUUGAAACCUAAAAAAAGAAUUUGGGAAAAAAUACAGGUUGACCUUAAGACCGAUGAUCAAUAUUACGUAAAUUGGAAAGGACAUAUGAUGCUCACCCCCGGUGGAACCAAAAUCAUGACAUCACAAUUAAAAAAUGCCACUAUAUCAUAACAAAAAGAGCGCGUCUUUUUAUUGUGUAAUCAAAAUUUUGUUGAAGGGAUUUGUGUAAAACUUCUUAUUUUUAAAAAUGGAGGAUAAUUUAUAAUAAUUUUUCCAUUGCUAAUUUUGAAACUAUUGUAAAGAGUUAUAAUUUUCAUCGAUUGCAUUGUUUGAGUUAGUAUUUGUUUUCCAAUACAUAAUUUUUAAUAUUUUUUUAUACGUCAAGCUCAAAACCAUUUACAAAAAAAUCGUCAUUUAAGGAUUUUCUUUUCUGGAUACAUACAUACCUAGUGGAAAUGUUUUUUAUUAUUAAAUUUUACAUGGCUAUGGGGUUAAUUAUUUUAACCGAACUAUCUUUAAUAUAUUAUGAUAGGGUGGAUAGGCAUGCCUUCAAAUGAAAUAAUCAAUUUAUAACUCAAUUGGUUCUAAUCAAAUUACUGACGCAUCUCUCUCCUAUUAUUUUUUUUACCUUUUAAAAAAAUUCAAUUUGGUUAAAUAUUUUUAUGUUCUUGCUAUUUGUAAAUUUAGAAAUAUACUUACAUAUAAGCGGGUAUUUAUUUAUAUUUGUUUAAAAUAUUAAAAAUAAUAAUAUAAAUGGAUUUUUAAAAAAAUCAGGGACCCAUAACACGUUUCGGCUAAAAAAAAUUUCCCAUUCCACAUUUUGUAACUUUCUGAUGCUUUCCUAAAAAUUUUUUUAUUUAUAUUUAAUAUACCAUUUUUAUUAAUUAAUCCUUAUCUAUUAUAAUAAUCCUCAAAAAACAUCAAUCAAAUUUCAAUAGUGUCUUUUAAAAAAUAUUUC